GGCGGUGGGCGGGCGGCCGGGCGGGGGCGGCGGAGUGAGGCGGCGGCGCUGGGCUCGCUCGGCCCCUUUCGGAGCCGGCGCCUCGCGGAGGGAGCAUCGCGGAGCCGCCGCCCCCAGCCCGCACCGCCCCGCGCCGCCGCCAUGUCCAAGGCCGAGUCUCCAAAGGAGCCUGAGCAGCUCCGGAAGCUCUUCAUUGGCGGCCUCAGCUUCGAAACCACAGACGAGAGCCUGCGCAGCCACUUCGAGCAAUGGGGCACCUUGACCGACUGCGUGGUGAUGCGGGACCCCAACACGAAGCGCUCCCGCGGCUUCGGCUUCGUCACGUACUCCUCGGUGGAGGAGGUGGACGCGGCCAUGAACGCGCGGCCCCACAAAGUGGACGGCAGAGUCGUUGAACCAAAGAGAGCCGUGUCCAGAGAGGACUCCCAGCGGCCCGGCGCCCACCUCACCGUCAAGAAGAUCUUUGUGGGGGGCAUCAAGGAGGACACGGAGGAGCAUCACCUGCGCGACUACUUCGGGCAGUACGGCAAGAUCGAGGUCAUCGAGAUCAUGACCGACCGCGGCAGCGGCAAGAAGCGCGGCUUCGCCUUCGUCACCUUCGACGACCACGACUCCGUGGACAAGAUCGUCAUCCAGAAAUACCACACUGUGAACGGGCACAACUGCGAGGUGAGGAAAGCCCUGUCCAAGCAGGAGAUGGCCAGCGCCUCGGCCAGCCAGCGAGGCUGUCCCCUGCCUCCUCCUCCUCCUCCUCCUCCUCCUCCUCCUCCUCCUCCUCCUCUCUUAGGCCGCAGCGGCUCCGGUAACUUCGGUGGUGGCCGCGGUGGCGGCGGCGGUGGUGGCUUCGGGGCCAAUGACAACUUCAACCGUGGUGGCAACUUCGGGGGCCGUUACGGCGGUGGCAGCGGCCCCGGUUACUCCGGUGGCGGUGGCGGCGGCGGCGGCGGUGGCAACCGUGGCUACGGGGGGGGCAGCAGCACCUACGAUGGCUACAACAACGGCGGGGGGGGCUUCGGGGGCGGCAGCGGGGGCCGGCGGCCGGCUCGGGGCCCGGCGCUGGCCGUCAGGAACGGGCUCUCCGAGGGGGGCACAGGCAGUAACUUCGGCGGGGGGGGCAGCUACAACGACUUUGGCAGCUACAACCACCAGAUCUCCAACUUCGGGCCCAUGAAGGGCGGCAACUUCGGGGGCAGGAGCUCGGGGCCCUACGGCGGAGCCGGUUAUGGGAGCUCAAGCGGCGGCGGCAGCUACGGUGGCGGGCGGAGGUUUUAACACCCCCCCCAGAC